AUGUUUUCCAUGAUGUUGCGCGCCGUCCACGGCAAGAAACGGCCCGCCGGAAACGAGCUGCUUUCCCACAUGGACGCCGACCCAGACCUGGCCAUGGACCCUGACUUGCACCCUGGCUUGGAUCCUCACUUGGACCCUCACCUGGACGCGGACACGCGCACCUUUCCUCGGAUGUCGGUCGAGGUGGACGACGAGCACCUAGACAGUCAGGGACCAUCGCCAGGCUCGGCCUAUGCUCACCUCCGGCAUGCCACCGCUGAUUUCACAGAAGCCGAUGACGACGACGACGAUGACGACGACGACGACGACGACGACGACGGCAUACACGGCGGGCGUCGUCGCGGCGAUGUGCCAGCCGACGAAGACGGCCGCCGCGCCUCGCACGUGCUCCCGCUCUUCUCCGCCUCGCACCUCGACGCCCUUCCCGUCUACAGCAUCGUCCACGCCAUGCGCAUCAUCGUCCAGGCACGCACCGAGACCACCCUCACCUGGGAACAGCUGCGGUCCCCGCAAGUCUCCCAGUUCCUGGUCAAGCCCAUGCAGCAGCAGAUCCGCGCCCAGCACUUCUCCAGGGCCACCCUCUACGCCCUCAUGGCCAACUGCCUGCAGUUCGCCAAGGAGGCCCAGUUCUUCCCGGGCAACGCCGGCACCAGCAACACCCGCGCCAAGGUCUGCGAGCUGCUCGCCAUCAAGCUGCUCAAGGAGUACACCACCCGCGAGCUCAUCGACGCCCUGUCCUACGAUUUCAACCCGCUGCAAGGCAUCCCGGGCGCCGAUGCUACUGCUGUUGCUGCUGCCGCCGCCACCGGCCCCGGCGUCUCCUCGCGCCCGCUCUCCCCGCACCACACGUCGUCGGUCGGCCUGUCGUCGGCCCGGCCCGGCUCCGCACCCGCCGCGCGCAUCUCGACGCUCGAGGUCGCCAUCCGCGCGUCGGCCAAGCAUUUCUUGGCCCACCCACUCGUCGUGCAGCAUCUCGAGGCCAUCUGGAACGGCGCCAUCAGCUUCUACUCGUCGGCCGACCAGCUGCACCGCAGCAACAGCCACAACGGCAAGGCCCCGGCGGUGGCGGUCGCGGUCGCGGCCGCGUCCCAUCGGCACAACGCACAGCGCAGCGGCCACUACAGCAACUACAACUACGGCAACUACAGCAACGCUGGCCGCCGCAACAGCGCCAAUGACCAGCGGACGCCGCUCCUCGGCCGUAGCCACCCGGUCAAAGAGGAGCCAACACGGCCACAGCAUGCCCGGCCCGCGCCGCCUGCGCCGCCCGCGCUCCACCGCCGCACGGUCACGCUCUACGACCCGCGCAACGCCUCGCUGUUCAAGCUGUCGCGCCUGCGCGUGCCCCGCUACCGCCAGUUCCUGUCGACGUGCUCGCUCGCCAUCCUGAUCGGCCUGUUCCUGUCCGUCCUCGCGCAGCACUCGAGCCGCAUCACCACCCUCGAGCUGGUCUUUUGGUUCUGGAGCGCCGGCUUCAUGCUCGACGAGCUCGUCGGCUUCAACGAGCAGGGCUUCUCGCUCUACAUGAUGAGCUUCUGGAACAUUUUCGAUCUGGGCAUCCUGCUGCUGCUCAUCUUUUACUACUCGCUGCGCAUCUGCGGCGUCUUCCUGGCCGACGCCCAGCGCUGGAACGACAGCGCCUACGACAUCCUGGCGGCCAACGCCAUCCUGCUGCUGCCGCGCAUCUUCAGCGUCCUCGACCACUCCCGGUACUUUUCGCAGCUGCUCAUCGCCUUCCGCCUCAUGGCCGUCGACCUGGCCGCCGUCUUUGUGCUGAUCCUCGUGUCGUGCUCCGGCUUCUUUGUCUUCUUCACGCUGUCCGACACCGAGAACGCGCCGGCCGACGUCGCCUACAUGAUCUUCCAGCUGCUCAUGGGCUUCACGCCGGCCGCCUGGGACGCCUGGCCGACGUACAAUGUGCUGGGCAAGACGCUGCUCGUGCUCUUCCUCAUCAUCUGCCACUUUGUCGUCGUGACCAUCCUCAUCACCGUCCUGACCAACUCGUUCAUGGCCAUUGCGUCCAAUGCCAACGAAGAGCACCAGUUCUUGUUUGCCAUCAACACCAUCUCCAUGGUCAAGAACGACGCCCUCUUCUCGUACGUCGCGCCCACCAACAUCUUUGCCUGGAUGCUCAUGCCCCUGCGCUACUGCAUGCCCCUGCACCACUUUGUCGCCCUCAACCGCCUCGUCAUCAAGGCCACCCACUUCCCGCUGCUGUUCAGCAUCUUUGUCUACGAGACAUUCUUCUUGGCCCCCUACAUGUACGAGCCGACGGACCUCGUCGACCACCAAGGCCACGGCCACGGCCACGGCCACGGCCCCGCGCGCCACCGCGGCAUUUCGUUUGCGGACCCCAACGGCCGCCCCGUCCUCUUCAGCCCCAGCAUCCGGCUCCGGGAAGAGUCGGUGGCGGGCUACCAAAAAGACCGCGCCCUCGACGAGGUCUUCCGCCGCACCCCGGACAUUGCCACCCUGCGCACGCAGCGCCGCAACGAGCGCCGCAAGACCCAGACGGCCAUCCGCAACUGGAUGGACCAGCACGACGGCACGCCGUACUCGACCCUGGACAGGCGCGGCGGUGGUGGUGCUCCUGGUGUUGGCGGCGGCGGUGCUGCUGGCGGCGGGGCCGGCACCGACCACGAGUGGCAGCGGCGCAUGAGCGUCAACCACUUUGGAACCGCCGCCUCGCGGUUCCGGCACAUGUCCGAGGUGCGGUCGACCGCCAGCGACCCGGCCGACCUGAUGUCGGUGUCGGCCAUGCCCGGCCUGGCGACGCGGGACGUGCGCACGUUCGGCAUGCUCGGCAUGCACCCCUACCCGCCGCAACGGAGCCCCUUUGAGGCGGCCUUCAAGGACCACACAGACGCCGAGGGCGACGACGAGCUGGUCACCAACGACGACGACGACGAAGACGAGGUGACCAACACGGGCGGCCAUGGCCUGACGCCGAUGCACUCGCGGGCGGCGAUGCUGUCGCGACAGAGUGGACGCGAUGGCGAAGACGACGUGGGCAACGACGACGACGAUGCCGACGAUGCCGACGAUGCCGACGAUGGUGACGAGAAUCCGACAAACGACGAGGCGGGGGACGGCAACGAGGACGACGACGGUGGCGACUUUUUUGCGACGCCCGUUGCGUCGCGGUUCCUCCACGUAGCGGCACGGUCGCCCGAGUCGCCCAAGGCGACGGACGAGGACGACAACGAAAACGACGGCGACGAGGUGGACGCGGGCGGGGGCGCAGGCCCAGGCCCAGGCGCGACCGGGCCAUCUCCGGCCAGCCCCCGCCGCAUCGGCAACAUCGGCCACAUUGGCAACAUGUCCAGCGCCACGAGCCCGCCCAAGCCGCCCCGGCCCGGCUCGUCACGCCGCGCGAUGCACUCCCGCGCCCUCUCGAGCAACACCAUUCUAUACAACCCGCCCAACGCAGACCCGGCCCCCGUCCCCGGCAGCAACGACGUGGGGAGCGAUGCCAGCGACGUCAUCCUAGGCGUGCGCCAGUCACCCGGGGGACUCUUCUUUUCACCGUCGCCCACACCUGGCCACCAUCCACAUCAACACCCCCAUCAACAAAAACAGCAGCAGCAGCAGCAGCAGCAGCAGCAGCAGUCGUCGUCGUCGUCUCGGCCACGGCCACGCUCGAGCCGCCACGACACAUCGGCCGUGGCGCCGCCGGGUACGCCCCCCGCCGCUGCCGGCCAGCGCUCGCCGCGCAAACCCAACCAGGGAUUCCCGCAGGCCACCCACCCGGCAACCCCCGUCCGCCGUCUGCAGCAGCGCCGCUUGUCGUCGCUGGGCAUGGGCUCGGACGACGUCGAUGUUGAUGCCGGUGUGUCGGCCUCGGGUCUGCUCUCCGAGUCCGCCGUCGGCCCGCCCCUCGGCGCCCCCGACGUCGUCCUGCCGGGAAGCUUCGCCUCCCAGCUGGCCCUCGCCACCGCCAUGAACAACGCCCGCGCCGUGGGCGAGACCGACCGCGACCGCGACCGCAUGAGCCGCCUGGUGCUGGCGCGCAUGAAGACGCUCGAGGAGAGCUUUACCGACGUCGUGCACGAGCUGCGGUCGCUCCAGAAGCAGCAGCAGACGCUGGCGAGCACCAGCGGGCGCGCCAGCGGGCACGCCAGCGGGCACGCCAGCGGGCACGCCAGCGGACGGACCAGCGCCGCCGUGAGCGGGCACGCCAGUGCCGUCGUGUCGAGCUCCGAGGGCGAGACGGGCCAAGAACGGCACGGUGCCUCGCAGGCCCCACACGCCCGGCACGAGACGCUGCGAGCGGGCCCGCCCCUGUCGCGCAUGCCGACGGUCCUCGGCCCGUCAGCGCCGUCGGUGCCGUCGGCGCCAUCAAUGGCCGUGCAUCCCCCAACACCAACACCCCAGGCAACAGGUCCCGCCGCCGGCAGCGGCAGCAGCGGCAGCAGCAGCAACACUCCCAAGAGCCCCACCGGCAGCCGCAUCCCUGUGUCGGCCACACUGUCCAGCCUCGGCAUGUCGUCGCCGCCCGGUCCUGGUCCCGGCAGCCAGCUGCCCCGUGUGGCCAGUUCGGGCAUCCUUCGGCAGAUCCCACGCCCUGUUGGUGGUGCCGGAACGGGAGGUGGCGGCGGGAGGGGAGGCGGUGCAGGUGGCGACCGCAACGAAGCGAGCGAGAGCCCCGGCGGCGGUCAGGGCCAACACCAGAGCCACGUGCCGCGGCCGGCCAAGGGCAAAGAAGUCGACCGGCGGGCGGCCGUUGUCUCGGACGAUGACGACAGCGACAGCGUCUACCGGCUAUAG